UGUGAAAGUAAAUCGAUAAAGUUUGUGUUUUUAGAACCUGCACCUUAUCCUUCGACAGGUGUCGUUAAUAGUAAAUUGUAUUGAGCGAUAAUCGGUAGCUGAUUUACUGGCGCUUGACGAAAAAAAAAUUUUUUUUAAAUAAAGGUAGCAGUACUGGCGUGCGGUAAAGUUUAUACACAAUAUCAAGUCUAGCAGCUGUCCCAGCAAAAUGGCUGACAAGAGUGCAACUGUUGACAACUUACAUGUGAAAAAUGGCAACUUUAUUUGCGGUGUUGUCGAAGGAUUCUAUGGGAGGCCAUGGACAACAGAGCAACGAAAAGAUCUCUUCCAAAAGUUAAAAAAGUGGGGAAUGGAUUCAUACCUCUAUGCUCCAAAAGAUGACUACAAACACAGGGCAUACUGGCGCGAGUUGUAUACAGUGGAGGAAGCAGAACAUCUUACGAGUCUUAUAACUGCAGCAAAAGAAAAUGGAAUCACUUUUUAUUAUGCUCUUUCUCCUGGCCUGGACAUAACGUAUUCUAGUGCCAAAGAGGUAGCUGCCUUGAAGAGGAAACUUGAACAGGUCUCUCAGUUUGGUUGCUCUGCAUUUGCACUCUUGUUUGAUGAUAUAGAACCUGAAAUGUCAGAAGCUGAUAAAGAAGUUUUCCAGUCUUUCGCUCAUGCACAGGUGUCUGUCAGUAAUGAGGUUUUCCAACACCUGGGGCAGCCACGCUUUAUGUUAUGUCCCACUCAGUACUGCGCAGCUAGAGCGACACCUAAUGUGCAAAACUCAGAAUAUCUUAAUACUCUUGGAGCAAAACUGGCACCUGAGAUUGAUAUUAUGUGGACAGGUUCAAAAGUCAUUUCACGUCUGCUUACAGUGGAAUCAAUUGAAGAAAUAACGGAUGUUCUUCGAAGGCCACCUGUUAUUUGGGACAACUUGCACGCUAAUGACUAUGACCAGAAACGUGUUUUCUUAGGACCAUAUUCUGGUCGAUCUCCUGACCUUAUACCAAAGUUGCGUGGGGUUCUGACAAAUCCUAAUUGUGAAUAUGGUGCAAAUUUUGUGGCAAUACAUACCUUGGCUCAGUGGAGUCGCUGCAAUGUUGAUGGAAAACGUGAUUCAUCCCUCAAUGAUUCUGUGAGUGCAGACAUCAAAUUGGAAACUGAAACUGAGGAUGGAGGUGUGGGAGAGGAUGUUCCAUCUAAUCUGAGUCCCAAUACAUAUCACCCACGACGGGCACUGCGCAAUGCCAUUUCAGAAUGGUUACAUGAAUUCCACCGCCCACGACCAGCAUGGGGCCCUAUUGCAAAACCACAAGUUGUUGCUCCUGUGACUAUUCCUGUGCCUAUAGUGCCAUCUGUCAAUACCUGUAUGAGUCUAACAACAACAACAACUAGUUGCUCAGCUGGCUGUGGACCCACAUUACCUACUGUAAAUGCAAACCAACUUCAAGCACUAGCUGAUGUGUGCAGCACGGUGCCAAAUACCAAUGAAAGUAUGAUGCAGCCACUUCCUGGAGCAGUGAUGAACUCUCUUGUAUCGGAAACAAAAGUUGUGGUUGGUGAUUCGGCUGAGCCAAUGGAGUGUAAUCCUCCUCCUCCUCCACCACCACCACCGCCUCCUGCUCCGUCAUCUGGAGAUCCUUCUUUAUCUGCUGAGACUAAUGAGACUCUCAGUGAGAGUAGUGAUCACCAGUUAACUGAGGAUGACCUUGCAUUACUAUGUGAUUUGUUCUACUUGCCAUUUGAACAUGGAGGACAGGGUCUUCAACUUUUGCAAGAGUUCAAUUGGCUUAAAAGCAAUGCCCAUGUUGUUACACUUCAGAAUCGCAACAAGGCUGAUGCAGAGCAUGGUAACAAACCAGAGGUACAAGAGUGGUUAGAAAGGGCAGCAAAACUUGAUGAAAUGAGUAAGGCUGUGAAUACCUUAUUUCGAAGACUCACCUACUGUGCAAAUAGGGAACUGUUGUAUGAUUUAUAUCCAUAUGUUUGGGAUAUGCGUGGUGUUAUAUCAUUGCUGAACUCUUACAUCAAAUGGUUAGCUAGCGGCCGCUUCCCGCAGAUGGUAGCCAGCUUCACCCUCGGCAGCUACACAUGGUUUUCAAAAGGAUGGAAGGAGACAUUUAUGAGUGGUGAACAAGAACCGUGGGUGUUCAGGGGUGGUCUGACAGCUGACCUUCAGCGAUUAAUACCUGUGGAUUCUGGAAAUGAUCUGUUCAUGUACAAAGCUCCUGAUGUACCAAGUAGUCAGAUUUUUACCAUAAGGCCAUACUUACCAUCAGAUGAAAGUCCGGUAUAUGCAGUGUGCCGCCAAACAUGUGCAGAUGGACGGGAUGGAACUGACCGUUUUCUAGAUUUGCCAGAUAUUAUUGGAGACAAGUUGGUUGGAGGGUUCUUGGCACUUAGUACAGAGUUCUGCUUUGUUGUUGAGGAUGAGAAUGGACUUGUUGGGUAUGCGUUGGCAGCACUUGAUGCACGGCAGUAUCACAAGAAGUUGGAACUAGCCUGGUUGCCAGAAAUGUGUGCCAAAUAUCCUCGGUCCAACAAUCUCUCAGGAACACUUUCACCUUCUGAGGAGGUAAUAGAAUGGUUCCAUACAUACAAAGCAGAUGUCCCUGAUGUUAUCCAUAGUCACCAUCCAUCUGUUAUGUGUUGUGCGCUGCUUCCAAAUGUCCUGGAUCAGAGUGUAUCCAAGAGACUAGUAACCUGCUUACUGGCAGCUCUGCGAGCAAAUGGUUCGUUUGGUGUCUAUGUUCCCAUUAAUUCAAAGGACACUUAUAUGUUGGAGUUUUAUGGUAAGUUAGGUUUUCUGGAAUUGCAUCCUGGACUGAAUCCUGAGAUAACGUAUCUUGGCCGUGUCUUCUGAGUGAAUGAGAUUCAUGACCCUGGACAGCUCAUUUAUUAAUAGAGCAUGGAAUUUGUGCCUGAGGUAAUGGCUAAUGGGUCACUGUUAUCACAGCAGAUCUCUCCUUUCAUGUGUAAAUGUAGAGCUGCUAAUUGACAGUGGAUGUGAUUCACUACUGUUGAUAGUGGUUAUAACAAAGAAUGAGGGUGUCAUUUCUACAGCAGCUGAUAUGAACUUUUAAUGUCAUGGCUGCACAAAAUGUCACUAUGUCGACAGCAUGUAUUAGACAGUUUGCGGAAAAUAAUUAAGAACUCUUCAUCUAACAGCCACGUGUAUCACAUGUAGUUGUUACUGAUGUGUUAGUAAUUGUGUGUGUGUGUGUGUGUGUGUGUGUGUGUGUGUGUGUGUGUGUGUGUGUGUGUCUGUGUGUGUGUGAGAGAGAGAGAGAGAGAGAGAGAGAGAGAGAGAGAGUUGUGCUCAUGUACACAAAUGUUCAUGAGACCAUGUAUUUAAAGGAUAUUCGUAAAUAGUUUAUUUCCUCACAUGCAGAAAGAAGAAAUAGAAAUAUUGCAGUCAAUCUUAAAAACUUCCUUUCUGUAAGAUUGUUGAAAGAGGGAUGAGUGUGCAGUUUCAUUUAGCAUCAGCAUUAAAUAAAAUCUUUUUUUGGAAUUGGAAUGUUCCAGUAAUGCACAGUUUAGUGUGACGUACUUCAUAUUUGUUGCUGGCUGGUGUCCAUGAACUUAUAUGAAACAAAUGGAUAACAGUGAUUACUGGCUUAAUCUCAUAUUUGGACAGUGGUACUUCACAGCACAUCUUGUGGUGCCAAUUUGUAUGAUGUUACUUCUUUUUAUGUCAUGUGUUGUUCUUUUGUCUAGUCAUUGACUUCUCCUGCACUCAUUAUAGGAUGCACUGUAUGCUGUGAAACACAUUGUGAUAUCAUAUAUUUCUAUUUCUUGAUAUGCAAAAUGAGCAGAAAUAAUAUAGAAAAUUUUCAGUGAGAUUUCUGUAUUCCAGCUAGUUAUUUUCAGAACAUCAUGGACACACAUUUAAGCCAUAUGCAGGCUGACUGUCUUGAGAAUAAGUGGGUGGCGAACGUGUAAAAUAAUAGCCUCAUAAGUGGUGAAUGUACAACUUCCUGGAUGAUCUACAUCCCAGAAAAAAUUGAAGAUAUACAAUGUGUUAAAUAUUUACUGUAGUAAAUAUUUACUGUAGUAAUUUCGUUAAGAAGUGGUAUGUGAACAUUUAUGAACAUGGAGAAUAGUUUAGCUGAUAAUUAUCUUGUAAUCAGCAGUCAGAGAUUCAGUGGAGAAUUCUGUGAUGAAAUUUCCUCUUUGUUGUAGUGAAGGAAGUUACAUAACAUUAUGCAUAUAAAUGCUAUCCUUUUCUGAUCUCUGCCUGCUGUGUGCUCUUUGAUUUUUUGUGUGGACAUUUGUACGUGUAUCAUGUAUUGAUGUCUGACAUCUCAACAAAAUGUACAGUAAGAUAACUGUUGUAAAUUUGUAUUAACUAAUACACUGCCAUUGAUGACUGCUUUUCGUUUUCUAUUCAAAGCUCCGAUAGAACUAACGUGUCUUGUACUUUUUUAAUUCUCACCCAUUUUCUUCAGUGACACAGUCUACUGCUGAAAAUAAACAUUCCACAUUGCUUUGCUGUUGCAAUAUUUAUUGAAUAACACGAACUAACUGAAGAGUGAUAGAAUUGGCUAUUAUUUUGCCCCCAUAAAAUAAAACUGAAAGCCUUUCUGUCACGGAAUCUCACUCAGAGAAUUCUUUUUGUUAAUAGUUAACGCGAGAAAUAGGGACGACAGUGUAAUAUGUGUUUGGAGCUGAUCCAUUGUGUCACUGGUUUCGUUUUUUUUUUUUUUUUUUUUUUUUUUUUUUUGUCUCCUCUCUGUGAGUAACACUUGUAACUGUUUUUAUCCACUUCAUUAAACACAUACUGGAUGUUUUUAAGUUAACUGCUAUAGGCAGAUAUUUUUGAUAGAAACACUGAUUGGAGAUAGAAUGCCUUCAUUACAUCAGGAAUAUAAAGAACUCUUGUGGUUCUUGCCAUAUUAGGAUAUGUAGCUUUCUUUCCACUGGUUGUGAACAUUCAGGUUCAGAGUAACAGAACAGAAGAAAGCAAAAACAGAUCAACCCCAUAUUCAGUCUCCCACCAGUAACCCUAUCUUUUUAGGGCACCUUCUCUCUUAAAUAAUUGAAAUAUGGCUGUUAAAUUUAUUCCUAACAUAAGUUAUUACAUAAAGCCAGUUAGAGUUGCAGUUGGUUUUUGUGUGUAUGCACAACACAAAAAAAGAAAAUGGAAAAUUGAUGACAUCAUAGUAUUUUUAAGUAAUCAGGAACUCAAUACAUGUUUUCUCCUGCUAAUACUUUCUACUACCUUACAGGUACAGCUUUCAAAACAUCUGCAACAUAUUUCACAGCACUUUAGUAAGAGAUUUGUGAAUACUUGUUUCACAAGUUCAGUUUCUCUGUUCCUUUCCUCAGUAUUUGUAUGUGAGUAAUCCUGUUGAGUUCAGAAGCUCUCCCUGUCUACUACUAGCACAUAACUGAUUAGCUUCUUUGUUAUUUUAGCAUCAGUUAAAGUUUCUUCCAUUUACGAAUGAAAGGGAACUGUCUUUUGUUUAAUAUAUUGAUGGCUGUUAGAAAAGACUUACUGAAAUUAUGAAUUUUGCAAAUGGCAUACUUAAAGAAUUAAUUAAAUUGUUGGUGAUAAGGAUUUAAGUAGUUUGGCAUUGUCAUGCCAUUGUUCGUGUAUGCCAUGGUCUGCACAAAGUAUUGUUGCAGGACAAUGUGGCAAAUCUUUAAGGUAUCUCUGAAGCUUCCAUUCAAGUGAAUUUAGCUGCAGCCAGAUCUGUCAUCUACUAAGAUUUUUAUGACAUCUGAAAUCUGAGUUAUAAUGUUUUUAUUGGUUAACAUGAAAUGUGCAACUCAUUUUCGAUCAUGCUGCCAAUAAAAAUUAUGUUGGCUUGACAUAUUUUAUUGAUACAGUUUGCACUAUAUUUUCAGUUUUUAUUUUUCCCUUGCUUACAAGCAAACCUAUACUCAAAUUGUGAAACACUUAAUAAAUGGAAAAACAGCCAUAGGACCAUAAUGUUCACAUUGGUUUACUUUUUAUUUUGCUGUAAACCCUGUGAUAGUGAAAAUAGUAUUAGUAAGUGUAGUGACUAUUAGAAUUAAAAACAAAUAACACACUCACUUUGCCUCAAAAAGUGGCUAAGCCAUUUAAGAAAUUUUUAUGGACUUUAUGUUUUGGAACUUGGGUCCUCGUGAAAGAGUAGACAGACAGGUAGUUUUAUAUAUUAGAAGAUAAAAGCCAAGCUGGUCAGAUUUUAGGAACUAUUGAUUCGUGGGCAGUGCAACAUUACAUGGAAAACAAGUUUUUGCUGAUUGUGGUGGAGUACCAUAUUUCUUUGUAAUUGAUAAUUUGAGCAGAGUGUUACUGACACUGAUUGUCUGAGGUGUUCUAAUAUCUUUGCCAUGACUGGAAAUGACGACGGAUUCUUAAUAAUUUGUAACCUGAAUCAGUUAUUUGGUUUCAUAACACCUAUUCAGAUUAAAACUAAAGAACUUCCCAACACAUUAAUUAAAUUCAUUGCUUAAAGCUGUUUGUUGCAAUUGAAUGAGAUGUAUUGUUUCAUCAGUCACUUUGCUAGUACAAAUCUGAACCAGUCACAUAGACUUACUUAAUAAGAAGCUCAUUACUGUGUACGUGUAGCGAACUGUUAUUAUAUUAUUGUUUAUUCUAAUCAGGCAGUGCCUCUCAGGACAAAACAGUGACCUGUUCUUAAUUUCUUUAUUAGAACAAGGAAAGUAAUUUUUUGAUAAAGCUCGGUCUUUAAAAAGCACUUUUGUCAACACUACAUUGCCUCAUUUUAUUGUUUCGCCCUAUGUACUGCUUCAUAAAUUUGUUAUAAUUUUUGUCAUCUUCACUGAACUGUUGAAAUGUGGAUUGUUUACAUACCUGUCUGCUGCCUGACACUUGUGUUAUAAUUGUGGUACUUCAUUCCCAGUAGUUGGUCAUUGAUUUGGAAUACAAACCAGACUUGUAAGGUUGAAGAAGAGCAGUAUGACUUCUUUUUUUUGCUAUCAGAGAGUUGUAUAGGUAUCAACCUUUUUUUUUUAAGUAACAACCACCUUGGUGAAGCUUUGGAAUUGUUUGUUGAAAGUUUCUAUGUGGUAAAGGCUGUUUCUUAACCAUAAAAACAACAGUUAACUUCUGUUGUAAUGUUCUAAGAAAAUUAUCCCUCAAGUUACCUUAUUUCCAGUGUGAAACACAGUCCCCCCUCCCACCCCCCAAAUUGAAAUACACAUGAAGUUUUCACAGAGAGUAGAUGACAGAACUGCAGCUCACUUUUAUCACUGAGCUUCCAAUUGUUUUAUAUUAUGGUGUUAAAUUGUGCUUUUAAAUUGUGCUUCUUCAGUAUUAAUAAUUUGAAGGGUGCUGAACUGAUCUAUUGUAACUGUGGUAACUUAUAUUGUUUUUUUGAAUGAUUGGGAUCAGUAAAAAUUGAUUUUUUUUCAUGAUUUAAAUACAAUGUUUUGACAUUCAAAAUAUUUUUUCACUUUUUGGUGGUAACUGAUUUUGUGAACAUUAUUUCUUUGUUUGAGAGAAUGCAAGUUUAUAAUAUCUUUUUGUAUGGUGAAGUAUUGCACCUACGAGAAGAACAGUGUGAUAUUAGUGUUAGGCUGUAUUGAAUUUAAACGUGAUGUUUUAGUUUGCCAGGAAGAAUAAUUUAUGUAGUACUGUUAAUAUAAAAAGAAAAAAAUAUAUAUAUGUAUGUUCAGUGUGCUAUAGUGUCUCACACCCAUAGCACUUCGUUGACAUGUCACAGGUUUAAUUAAAUCUGUUGUUUUACAUCUACUUUUGUUUUAUUACAUAUGCAAUCUGUUAUCGUAUUUUAUUUAUCUCAGAGAAUUUGUGGAAAAAUGAUUGUGUGUAACUCCGUGUUUUAGAACCUGAUUUACUACAUUGACUGAGGAUUUCCAUUUCCAUAGCAAGCUAAUUAAUGUGUUUUAAUUUAAGUGGAAAAUACUUAUUGUAUGGCAGUUUUUCAUUUUCUCAGUAUUUAUGUAUAUGUUUUUUUCCCUUAUUUUUCAUUGCCGCAUUCAUGCUUGAAGAGUAAUCUCUUUGUAAUAAGACUGUGAUUAUUGUAUGAACCAUAUGCACAUUUUAUGAGUAGGCUGCACAUGGCCAAGUCUGUAUUAUUCUAAAUCCAGACAUUUUAUUUAUAUGAUUAAUACAUCUGUCUAAAGAUGGAUAUAAUAUUUGUAUGAACAAUAUAAAACUCUGUGAGUAAAACAGAUUAAGAGGAACAAUGAUUAUCUUGUAUCAAAUAAAGUUGUUGUUUCAGA